AUGGCUAUAAUCUCCCGAUACUAUUAUUUCCUUAAAGGUAGACUAUUACGGGGGCGACGUAAACGGGCAGCACUAAAGCUAGCCAAGAAGAGUUAUAGCUCUCCAGAGCCUUCGCAGCAGGACAUUCUUCUUGUGAAAGCCGAAAACUAUAUCAAAAAGGCUAAGAAGCCUAGGCGAUGUUUUUAA